UUUCCUCUCUUUUUUUUUUGGGCUUUUGCAGCAAUGAAGGAACACCGCCACGCAAACCCUGUUUUCUCUCUCCUCUUGAUCAUAACCGUGUUUUCUCAGUCUGUUUUGGCUGUCGAUUUUGUCUUCAAUGGCUUCAAUUCAACUAAUCUUUUACUCUACGGUAUUGCUCAAAUCGAUUCCAGAGUUCUUACACUCACGAACGAAACAUCUUUAGCUGUCGGUCGAGCUCUUUACAGAUCGAAAAUUCCAACCAAGACCCAGAAUUCUUCUCAUGUUCUUCCUUUCUCCACUUCCUUCAUCUUCUCCAUCGCACCCUCGAGGAACAAAGAUACACUUCCGGGACACGGCAUCGUUUUCCUCUUCACACCCAGUACCGGCAUUAAUGGAACCACCUCAUCUCAACAUCUGGGUCUUUUCAAUCUUACAAACAACGGCGACCCGAGCAACCGUGUCUUUGGUGUCGAAUUCGAUGUCUUUGCAAACCAAGAGUUUGACGACAUCGACGAUAACCAUGUCGGGAUCGACAUUAACUCCCUCCAGUCGACAAGCUCCCACACGGCUGGUUAUUGGCCAGACAAUGAAAACAGUGAUUUUGAGGAACUGAAGCUUAAUGAUGGUAAGAAUUAUCAAGUUUGGAUUGAUUAUGCAGAUUCUGUUAUUAAUGUUACCAUGGCACUUGUUGGGGUUAAAAGGCCUAAGCGGCCAUUGUUGAAUGUUUCUUUGGAUUUGUCUGAUGUUUUUGAGGAUGAGAUGUAUGUUGGAUUCACUUCAUCAACUGGGAGAUUGGUCGAGAGUCAUAGGAUUUUGUCAUGGAGUUUUAGUAAUUCGAAUUUCGCAUUGAGUGAACGAUUGAUCACCACCGGUUUACCGUCGUUUACUAUCCCGAAAACUCCGAUUCAUAAGCGUAGUUCGUUUAUCGCAGGCGUAACGGUCGCGAGUUUGAUCGUCGUCAUUUCGAUCUCUAUGUUUUCUAUGUUUUUGAUUAGGAGGGAAAGGAGGAAAGCAAAGGAAAGAGCUGGAAUGGAAGAUUGGGAAUUCGAGUAUUGGCCUCAUAAGAUGAGUUAUCAAGAAAUCGAUGCAGCGACCAACGGAUUUUCGGACGAAAACGUGAUCGGAUUCGGAGGGAAUGGAAAAGUUUACAAGGGUGUUUUACAAGGAGGAACCGAGAUUGCGGUGAAACGCAUUUCGCAGGUAAACAACGGGAUGAGGGAGUUCUUGGCCGAGAUUUCGAGUCUCGGCCGGUUAAAACACCGGAGCCUAGUUAGUUUGAAAGGUUGGUGCAAGAAAGAAAAAGGGACAUUCAUGUUGAUUUAUUACAUGGAGAAUGGAAGUUUGGAUAAGAGGGUUUAUUAUGACUCUGAUGAAACCAAGAUGUUGGGUUGUGAGGAAAGAAUUAGAAUCUUGAGAGAUGUUGCAUCGGCUUUAUUGUAUUUACACGAGGGAUGGGAAUCCAAGGUCCUGCAUAGGGAUAUCAAGGCCAGCAACGUGUUGCUUGAUAAGGAUAUGAAUGCAAGGUUAGGGGAUUUCGGGUUGGCUCGGAUGCACGGACACGGUCAAGUGGCCACCACAACUCGUGUGGUUGGUACCGUGGGUUACUUGGCUCCCGAGGUGGUUAGGACCGGACGUUCAUCGACACAAACCGAUGUGUUUGGUUUUGGGGUCUUAAUUCUCGAGGUCAUGUGUGGGAGAAGGCCUAUAGAGGAUGGGAAGCCCCCUUUGGUAGAUUGGGUAUGGCAGUUGAUGAUGCAAGGGGAACUACGCGUCGCAGUCGAUGCACGUCUAAAUGUAAACGAAGGAUUGAACGAGGUGGUAACGAAAGUUCUGCAUUUAGGGUUGUUGUGCUCGUACCCGAAUCCGGAUUCCAGGCCAACGAUGAGGCAAGUAGUUAUUGCCUUGGAAGGGAACAAUGAGCCUUUCGAAAUGGAAACAGAAGAUAUGGAAACAUAUUUGCUGUCACAGGUGAAUUCCAGGGAUAUGUGGACUAAUUACUCUCAAAGCUUCGGGUAUACGGCGCACCCGACAUACGACGAUAUCCGCCAUUCAUCUUCCAUAUCUCUGUCAUGGAACACUGGGAUAGUGGAUGGUAGAUGAUCCCUGCAUCAUUUCUAAAGUGAGAGGCCUCUGUUGCUUGCACUGAUUUGACAUGUCACUGUACAUAUGUAU